GAUUUUUAUGAGAGCGUAGAGACUUUGUAUAUAAGGGAUUCGGGAGAGCUCUCUCUGUGACAAAAGUGAAGGGACCAGAAGGGUUAGUACUUUCGCUUUGAUUUAUAGCCGGGAACGUUCGCCGGAAAAGUUUAUUUAAGUACCUGAGCAAAUCAGAGUGAAUAGUGAAUUAAAAGGAAGAUACGCGAGGACCUUUCUCGGAUCCGAUUGAAAAAAGGUAGCGAGAUUUCCGGUUGGAGCAAGAGAAAAAAAAAAAAUUCCUCUUUUUGAGAAAACCUUUUCACCGACUUCCGAUUCAUUUGGUUUCUAAUUUCUAAACCCUUUCGUCUUUGCGCUGUUUCCCUUUCCACCGUCCCUUCGAGAGAUAUGGGAGUGAAGGUGGCUACGACCUGUUUGCAUUGGUCACAGCCGAUUCUUCCUCGCUCUCCCUCCUCAUCUCAAACCCUAGCCUCAGCAAUCUCGUCUCCUUCAAGACGACGUCGUAGCUGCGAUGGAGGAGCACUCGUGUGCCGGUACGUGCAGAGACUGGACCGAUCGGCUUUUUUCGGAGUCCCACCGACGAAGCUUUACCGGUCCCAAUCUUUUGAUUACCCGAAACCGAGAGCCGGGACUCUGAAACGAGCUUGCAGUGCCAGCUUAGACGCUUUUUCGGACGAAGAAUUCUCGAAGAAGAUUCAAGAAUUGGCACUCCGAUUCCAACUGUCGGAGGAUAGCGACGACGAUAACAGUACCGCCAUGGAUGAUUCGGAAUCACACAUGGUUCCAGAUUCCAUAGAUAGUUUUGACAGUUUCAACAGUAGCGUCGGCUUUUUACAGAAUCAGACUCAUAGAAUACCACGGCCACCUUUGGAGCUUGAGCCUCCGUGGCCGGAGAUCCGGCAUGAGCCACCGGAUUGGCCAGGAAGAGACGAAAUCAUCCCGGCGAGCAUCGAGCGCAAGGCGAACAGCGUGGAUCUCCCGCUUUCGCUCCGAAUUAUCAAGCGGAAGAUGCAAUGGGAGGAGGGGUUCAGAGAGGUCGGUGAAUCGGCUUGUUGCUCUGUAAAGAAAGCUUUCUCGUCGAUGGUGUUCAUCAUCAGAGAGCUCCAGAGCUACACGUUGCAUAUGAGAGAGUUCCUCUUCUACGAAGACCUACAAGGGAUUCUCGCACGUGUCCAGAAGGAGAUGCACGCUUCGUUCGUGUGGCUGUUCCAACAGGUCUUCUCUCACACUCCUACUCUAAUGGUGUAUGUGAUGAUCCUCCUCGCGAAUUUCACUGUGUACUCGAUGGCCCACAACAACGUGGCACUCGCAGCCUCACCGUCACUUGGGUCUUAUUCUACUACGACAGAGAUUAGUUCGGUGGUUGAAAUUGAUGAGGAUCAGAAGCUUCAACGGUUUGAUUCUUCGGCGAUUAAGAGUUUUUCUUCGUCGGGGAAGACGGCCUCGAUUGGUGGCAACAAUGGCGGUGGAGGGAAGGUGCGGCCGGUGGGUAGUGGAACCGACGGUGACGGACGGUUCGACGGGUCGGAUUACCAGUACGGGACGGUUCCCCCCGACGCGUCUUCCUCGCAGUUGUCAUCUUCCUCUUACGGGACAACAAGAGAGGCAGAGGCAGAGACACAGGAAGAAGAGGCGACUCUUUGGAACUCCAUAGUCGAAGAAGCUUCGGGAAUGCAAGCCGUACUCAGAGACGAAGCUCUGGAUGAAGAAACAAUGAAACGGUUCGUUUCGCCCGUGACGGCUAAGAUCGAAGCGGACAACGACUACGCUGAGUACUUCAGAACAGAGCUGCUCUACAGAACUGGCCUGGCCCAAGAGCCCAGCAAUCCUCUUCUUCUCGCCAACUUCGCUCAGUUCCUCUACCUCGUCGCCCACGACUACGACAGAGCGGAGGAUUACUUCAAGAGGGCGGCAGGGGUGGAGCCCCACGACGCGGAGGCAUACAGCAAGUACGCGACCUUCUUGUGGAGAGUGAAGAAGGACUUGUGGGCGGCGGAGGAGACGUUCCUGGAGGCCAUCUCGGCCGACCCCAGCAACUCUUACUAUGCGGCUAACUAUGCCCAUUUCCUUUGGAACACUGGCGGAGAAGACACUUGUUUCCCUCUCGACUCCCCAGACACCACUCAAGAAGCUUAAAAAAUAACACCCCCACCCCCCCAAAAAAAAAAUGGAAAAAAAAAAAUAAAAAGGGGUAGUUCCCACCAUACCAUACCAAUACCAUACUUCCACCCUCUUUUUGUUUUCCUCCUCUUUACUCGGAUGACAAUAUGCAAAAAAAAAAAAAAAAAAAAGGAGAGAAAUUGUUGUUUGUUUCUUUUUGACGUUUUGUCUUUGUUGUUUUUGAAUUUAUUGUGGGGGUGGUGAGGGAAAAUAUUGGGCGGUGGGCAUGUGAGCGAGGAGGGGUUGAGCUUGGAGAUCUAUGGUUGAGCUUGGACCAGUGGGAACCAGGGGAAUGCUUGCUGGGGUUUUGCUUUUUGCACAGUUUUCAAACUUUUUGGUGACACAAUUCACAUGGCAAAGUGUAAUUAAGCCUCUUGUUAAUAUAUGCUUGUUUUAAAUUAGAAAAAAAGAAAAGAAAAGAAAAGGAGCAGACGAGCAUUAUAAAUUAAGCAAUGAAGCUUAUGCU